AAGCAACGCAGGGAAAUUGCUGUACUGCCACAAACAUGAGAUAAUAAAUUAAAUACUUUACAAUUCGAAUUCUUGUUAUUUGAAGGAUGGCAGAGCGCUCUCGUUUGUGCAUCACAUGAUCAUCACGUGACCCAGCUGUCGGGCCCUGCAGUGUAGCAGAGUGACUGCAGGUACAGCGACAACAGAGCAGCCUUCAAUCCGAGUGGGAUGCCUGAGGUUUGCCUGCGUUAUGGCAUUACAAGGAGAGGCGGUUCUCCUGCAGGAUUACAGCUGAUGGAGAGGAGUCCCUGCUCCUCCUCUCACACUCACAGUCAGGAUUGGAUGAUGACGAGGACGGAGCACAACGACAACACGCUGAACUGCACAGAAACGGCGCUCUCCUCAUCGGGAAGCUGCAGGACAUGUUGAGUGGAUGCAUUUGCAGUUUACUUGAUACUUGGUUCUUUUGUUCCUGGAUGUGACUUUCUAAAAAGGAGGCAACUGACUGCAUCGGCCCAUUCCAUCAAAUAUGACUAGUGCCUUUGCAACCCUUAUUUCUCCACUUUUCUGACGUUAUUUGUAUCCUUAAAAGAGAUUUCACUGAUGUCCAAGGAAGAGCAAAUACUAUGCACCAUGGCUGUCUCACGUCCAUCAUCAAACCUGUAACCUCAGCACAGGAGUGGCGCCUUUUAACAGGGGGAACCUCAGAAGCAUCACCACCCCUACGCCGCAGGGAUGUUCGCCUCCGUGGAGCAUGGCCCGGUCCUCUGCAGCGACUCCAACAUCCUGUGCCUGUCAUGGAAAGGCCGCGUGCCAAAAAGCGAGAAGGAGAAACCCGUGUGCCGAAAGCGCUACUACGAGGAGGGUUGGCUCGCCACCGGAAACGGACGAGGAGUCGUCGGGGUCACGUUUACAUCCAGCCACUGCAGGCGGGAGCGGCCCACCCCGCAGAGGGUCAACUUCAACCUCAGAGGGCACAAUAGUGAGGUGGUCCUGGUGCGAUGGAAUGAGCCCUUCCAGAAGCUGGCUACCUGUGAUACAGAUGGCGGCAUCUUUGUUUGGAUCCAGUAUGAAGGCCGCUGGUCUGUGGAGCUGGUCAAUGAUCGUGGAGCUCAGGUGAGUGACUUCACAUGGUCACACGAUGGCACUCAGGCGCUCAUCUCCUACCGCGAUGGCUUUGUCCUGGUGGGCUCAGUCAGCGGGCAGAGGCACUGGUCUUCUGAGAUCAACCUGGAGAGUCAAAUCACUUGCGGUAUCUGGACUCCCGAUGACCAGCAGGUUUUGUUUGGCACCGCCGAUGGACAGGUGAUAGUGAUGGACUGCCAUGGCCGCAUGCUGGCCCACAUUCUGCUGCAUGAGUCGGAUGGCAUCGUCAGCAUGUCCUGGAACUACCCCAGCUUCCUGGUGGAGGACAGCAGUGAGAGCGACACAGAUUCGGACGAAUAUUCACCGCAGCAAGUGCACAGCCACAAACCUCUGCUGACUGUCAGCUUCACCUCCGGAGACAUUAGCCUGAUGAACAACUAUGAUGACCUCUCACCCACUCUGAUCCGCACCGGCUUGAAAGAUGUGGUCGUCCAGUGGUGCUCGCAGGGUGACCUUCUUUCAGUCGCUGGCAUGGAGAAGACGCUUCUCUCCCCCGACCCUUCUUGUCCUCCCCCUACCAGGAACGCUAUUGUCAAGUUUUUUAACGUUCGGGGUGAACACAUCUACACACUGGAAACACCAGCACAGCGCCCCAUCACUACCCUUUGCUGGGGCCACCGGGACUCGCGUCUUUUCCUAGCGUGUGGCCCGGCGCUUUACGUUGUGCGCGUGGAGCACCGUGUUGCCAGCCUGCAGCUCCUCUGCCAGCAAGGCAUCGCCACGGCGGUGAAGGAGGAGAAAGACGUAGGCAAGCUCACCAUGCCGUCACGCCUCUGUUCUUACGUCACUGCCGCUUUCGCCCCCACAAUCAAGCCACCCAUCCCUGAUCCCAACAACAUGCGGGAUUUUGUCAGCUACCCCACAGCAGGCAACGAACGUCUGCACUGUACAAUGAAGCGUACAGAGGAUAACCCAGAGGUGGGGGGUCCCUGCUACACUCUAUACCUGGAAUAUUUAGGGGGUCUGGUGCCAAUCCUGAAAGGCCGGCGGAUAAGUAAAUUACGUCCAGAGUUUGUCAUUAUGGACCCCAAGAUGGAUGGAAAAACAGAUGAGAUAUACGGCAGCAGCCUGAUAUCUGCAAUGAUUGACAGCUGCAAUUGCUCAGACUCCAGUGACAUCGAGCUCAGCGACGAUUGGGUGGGCAAAAAGUCUCCAAAGAUAUCCAGGGGUAGCAAGUCCCCCAAGCUGCCCAGAGACUUAGUUUGUCCCUUUACCAACAGAAUCAACAUUGAUCCCAGGAAAUCACCUAAACUGUCCCGUGCCGCCCAGGAGGUCUCCAGGUCGCCUCGGUUACCCAUACGAAAACCUUCCAUCGGAUCGCCCAGUCUGACGAGGAGAGAAUUUCCUUUAGAUGACAUUACUCAGCAAAACUACCUUGCUCAGGUCACAUCAAAUAUUUGGGGGACAAAAUUCAAGAUUGUUGGGCUUGCUGCCUUCUUGCCAACAAACCUUGGUGCAGUCAUCUACAAAACCAGCCUCCUCCACCUUCAGCCCAGACAGAUGACAAUCUACCUGCCGGAGGUGCGCAAGAUCUCCAUGGAGUACAUCAACCUGCCCGUCUUCAGCCCCAACGUCUUCAGCGAAGAUGAAGAUGAUCUGCCAGUCACUGGCCCAGCUGGUGGCGCCGAUGACAACCCGCCUUGCACCGUCAACAUCCCCAUUGCACCCAUCCACAGUCCCGCCCAGGCCAUGUCCCCCGCCCAAAGUAUUGGUCUGGUCAAGUCCCUACUCGCCAAUCAAAAUGUUCAGCUGGAUGUUCUAACAAACCCCACAGCCACUUCCCCAGGGUCUUCUGCGGCUGCUUCUGCUGGUCCAGAUCAAAACCAAGACACGAUGCUUACGGCCCAGUACACAGUGCCCACCCGAUACUCCAGUCCGGGUCAGGUCAUUUUUGGAGGGCUGGACAUGGGUCGCCUCACUGUAGGACCUUCACACUCUCAUCAUUCUUCACAACAACAACAACAGCAGCAGCAGUUACAACAACUACAACACCAUCAGCAGCUACAGCACCAUCAACAACAGUUACAGCAGCAGCAGCAACAACAACAGAUGCUUCAGCAGCAGCAGCAACAACAACAACAGCAGAUGGUCCAACAGCAGCAGCAACAAUUACAACAGAAUCAACACCUACAGCAGCAGCUCCAACACAUGCAGCAGCAGCAGCUACAACAACACAUACAGCAACAGCAAAUACAACAUCAGCUGCAACAGCAACAAAUGCAUCAACAGCAGAUGCAGCAGCAGCAACAACAACAGCAGCACCACCAUCAACUUCAGCAGCAGCUUCACAUUCAAAUCCCUGUUUCCUCCAUGUCUUCAGGACAGACUUCAGCAGCAGCCAUGCUUCCGCCGGGCACACUGCAGAUUCAGAUCCCUCACCCAACUCCCGAUUUGGUCCUUGAUAGAGGGGUCGGGGGUGAACACGAUACGCUUUUGAAAAUAAAGACGACACGUUCAGGUCCGCAGCUGGCCGAGGGGGACACGGUGGUGUUCAGUACACCGCUAGAGCUCAGCAAGAUGAAUCCACCUCCUCCUUAUCCUGGAACCGUUGCUGCAGCUGUGGCGGCGGCUGCAGCAGCUGCUUCCAUGUCCGCCUCAAAUGCUUCAUCGGGAGCAGUCGGGGCAUCCACCGGAACCCCCCCUCCUGGAGAUCUUUGUGCAAAGAAGGGGGACUUCCCAAUUUAUCCUCCUGGUCAGCAGCAAGGGCAGUAUCCAACGCCGCUGGGCUACGAGAGGAUAACGACCUUUGACAGCAGUGGGAACGUGGAGGAGGUUUGUCGUCCGCGAACGCGUCUUGUCUGCAAUCAGAAUGUUUACAACCUGCAGGGACCCGGCACUUCCUCCACUCUCAGGGUCAGCUCAUCCUCAUCCGCAGCAUCAACAGAAGGCAAAAAGAUUCAGCUUCCUUACAGCUCGGCCACCCUCAACAGACUCACCGCACCUCGUUAUUCCAUACCAAGUGGAGACCCUCCCCCGUAUCCGGACCCAGCCAAUCAGAAUGGUGGGAGGACUCCUGGACAGAAGCUUGACCCUAGUCUCAUCCAUGCCACUCUCAGGAGGAACAGCCGGGAGGCAAACCUUAAAGUGUCUCAAAUGAUGGAACCGCCUAGACCGCUACCCCCGAAAGCUAAAAAUAAUAGUGCACUAGCAGCCUCCUACCAGCAGAGGGUGCAAACAGCCUUAUACACCUGUAGCCAGUGUAGCAGUGGGUCCAGUGUUGGAGUCACAGCCCCAGGGAGCGCCAAUGGAAUAGCAGGGGGGACUAUCAUCAGACAAGAUUUUCCUCCAGGAAAUGGAGCACCACAUAGCACAGUUAUCGUUCACUCCAACAGUGCCACCCCACUCGCCUCCCAGUCCUCUUACAGCCUGCUGAGCUCGCUUGAAGCAUCUGGAACUGCAGGAGCAGCAGCAGGAGGGGGCGGCAACAGAGAACGUGUUGAUUAUGUUAAUUCAGCGUUUACUGAGGAUGAAGCACUAAAUCAGUCGUUGAGGCAUUUGGCUUUAGGAGCUGACACAUCAGGGCUGGUUGUCAAACGCCCACCUCCCUACCAGUGGGACCCAUCUGCCACAGAGGAGGUAUGGGUGCCUCAGGAACGGACCGCAACGCUUAACCCCACCAGCCAUCCAGGACCACACAAACCACCUCCACUUAUUCUUAGCCCCAGCCAGCACUUGGAUGUCUCCAGGCUGCCUUUUGUUCUGUCUCCAAAGUCCCCAACAACCCCCAGCGCUGCUGCCUCUUUUCAAGCUGCCGCUGCUGCAGCAGGUUACCAAAUUUCUCUCCAGUACCCACCAGUCACUGCCUACCCUGGGGCCCAGCUCCAGCCCAUCCUGGGGUCGCCGCGCCCCUGCACCUCCCCAAAGGAAGUGGUUGCACCUGUUUCUCUUUCACAGCAGGAUGCUACUGUCGUCAUACCCGCUGGUUACCCUGCAAAUCUAACCAACCUGGCCUGCUGCCCUCUGCCGCCGAUGUACCCCGGAGGAGGCGCUUGUGCUGGGCUUCCCAUUCCUCCCAUUGCCCUCCACACACCGUGGGGUACAUAUAACCCAUGCCCUCCUAUUGCCAGUCCUGCUGUGCCCCUGCCACCCAAAGCUUCUCAUAUGGCGGUAGACAAAAACGUCCUCUCGCCUCCACCUCCACUUCCUCCUCCACCACCGCCGCCCCCUCCACCACCACAUACAGAACUGCAGAAUCAUGCAGGAUUGCAAGAAGCCAUGGCAGAAGCUGUGGAAGGUUACCAGGAGGUGCUGUCCUUAGCUGAGAGCCCUGUGCCGUCCCGCUCAGAGAAGUUCAGCAAGAAAAACCGCAAGAGGGCAGAUGGUCGAGCCGAGGAGGCGAAUGUGCCGCCUCUGGCUGAAGGCAGCAAGUCCAAAAAGGAAGGCAGGGCUCUGGGGGAUUUCAACUCCCUCAUCUCUAGUCCUCGCCUAGGAGGGAGGGACAAGAAGAAGCUUAAGGGACCGAAGGAGCAGCUGAAGGCAAAGAAGCUGAGCAAGGCCACGGCCAACAGCGAGUUCCAGGAUAGCUCCGAAAGUGAGCCGGAGCUGUUCAUCAGCGGAGACGAGCUUCUCAACCAGUGCCAAAGCGGAAAGAAAGGCUGGAAGAGUAAACGGAACCUGAGGGCGGCCAGCGAGCUGGACGAGAUGAAGUGUCGAAAGGCCAACGAGAAGGAGGACCGAGGGCUGGGCAGCCAGGGCUUUGUGUACGUCAUGGCGAACAAGCAGCCGCUGUGGAAUGAGGCCACGCAGGUGUACCAGCUGGACUUCGGUGGGCGCGUCACACAAGAGUCUGCCAAGAACUUUCAGAUUGAACUCGAGGGCAGACAGGUGAUGCAGUUUGGCCGGAUCGAUGGCAAUGCCUACAUCCUGGACUUUCAGUAUCCCUUCUCUGCUGUGCAAGCCUUCGCGGUGGCUCUGGCGAAUGUCACGCAACGCCUCAAAUGAGAGGUCAGAGUGUUUAUUUCAAUAGCGACAUGGGCUGACUCGGCAGAGAAGACUCCAGCCGGGUAUUCACACGGCAAAGAGAGGAUACAAUCCCGCUGCACUACACGAUGCUGCCACUUUAGCCGAUGCCGUGAGCAUCGGCUGUGAUCGCCGGCCAGAGGUGCCCCCCUUUGCAACGCAGAGCUGCGCUUCGGUGAUCAUCAUGCAAAUAAAACGCUGCUUUAGGUCGUAGACGCUUUUAGACGAGGAAAGAGGAGCUGUCCAUGUGCAGUUUGAAAAUGACUUAAAAAAAAUGGAGCAGCAGUAAUACUUGAAAACCACCCUCUGGUGAUUUGAGUUGUUUUUUUUGUUUUUUUUUAAUGAUUAUUCCAGAGCACACCGGUACUACUGGGCACUCAAAUCCAUUGCUGUACAAACACUCACCACUACAUGACACAGCUUUUGCUUUUAGUUUUGUUAUUCUUGUUGGAAGGUUGAAGGGACUUUUACGUUUUGCUCUCUCGCCAUUCCUUUUGCUCACUUUAUCACCUUUCAGGAGCAUUGAGAGUUUUACACACAUGUACUGUGCACUCACAUGAAUUUUCCUCAGCAUUUGCGUUAUGUAAUCACCACAUACCCGCUUUAAUUUGGGAGACUUUUGGCUGAAUUAUGACAUUACUGCGUCGUCCAACCAUCACUUGUACGCAUUUUGUCUUCGCAAUUCGCCAUGGCAAUGCAUGUCAUUUAGAUGGCACACCUGAACAGGUUGAAGACUAGUUUACUCACCACCCUCCCACAUGACUUACAGUAUUUACAGAUAAGUCAAGUACUGUUUAUGAUUAGUGUACUACAUAGUACGCAGGACGCAUAUUAUUUCUUCCCACUUUGCCCAGCAUUGCCUAGCUUUGUUAAUUUCCUCUAUUUGCAAGGGACCAACAGGAUGUUGAACUCUGAGAGGAAGCAAUCAACUGCGGAAAGCGCAAGAAGGAGGCAUGAAUUAGAAAAAAAGAAGGCACAGACAGUUUGCUGACCAGAAGACAUGGCUUUAUGAUCCGCUACUACCUGAAAUUCACAAGGAAGAACCAAAAGGUUUCCCCCUUGACUUGCUCCAAGGGGUCUGGAAAUCAUCCUUGCCACAAAUUCACAAUUUUCACCUCCCCGCCCAGUUUACACAUAAUUCACACCAGUUUACAACCAGUUUAUCCCAAAUUGCAUACCACUGUGACGACAAAAUGCUUGCAAGUGUAAAUUUAGGUUUGGAGUUUUCAGCCACCGCUUGUCACUUCUGUGAAGUGCACAGUUAGGGGCCUGCGCCACACUGAAACAAGGUGCAGGGAAAUAUUUUUCUAAGUGUUUCUCUUAACACCAUUUCACAAUCACCUAGCAUAAGAAACAUAUCAUAUGAUGAGUGAGUUUUAAAGUGACUCGGGUGUGAAUCUGACAGACAUUUCUGUCGCCACUGUGUUUCAAACGCGACAGUACUGUUUUCAAGAGACAAAAACACACGCAGAAAUCAUCUUUUACUUGAUUGCUUUUCCAAGCGGUAAUAACUCUAAUGAAGGAUGAAGCCAGUGAGUUUCUUGAGUUUCUUCAGACCGUGACAUCAUAGGAUCAAUUUGUGUGCCAAAACACUCCUAAAAAAGAGGCGAUAAAGUUAAAAAGGAACAUUUUGCUCUCUGAAUUGGUGGGAAUUUUACCGUCUUAUUGUGAUUUGUCAAGACAAAAAAAAAUUGCAUGGUAUAAAAUCCAUCUUUUUGUGUUAUUUGUGCAAUAUUUUCCCCAGGAGAAAGUAAUCCUUUGUUAUUGCCCCUUUUACAUUUCUUUUUAUGUUCAGCAUCUCAACUUGCUGGUCUGUACAUUUUAUUUAUGAGAUUAUUUCCAAAAGGGGAUAUAGUAUCUAUACAUACUGUAUAUUGUGGAGUUUUCUGAACAUUUUGCUGUGUUUUUUUUCUGUUUUGUUUCAAGUGUUGCCCAAAUUGUGCGGUGGGGUCCAGGGGUGGGGUGGGGUGGAGCUUUUUUUGUGGGUUUGUGUUGUUUGAGGUGGAAUAAGACGCGAAUGAGGAAGUGUAGACUUAGUAACGUAGCGUGUUUCUGUCAAGAUGUGUGUGCAUUUUGUGCGCCAGUCCCAUCAGUGUUGAGGCUUCUGACACAUUCACAUCAUUGUCACAUGUUCACAAAGUGCAAGCCACUGAGUUCCGAGUUCAGAACUGCCUCUAUGAACUCAUAAAAACCUGAUGUAGAUACCGCAGGAUUUGGCUUUUCUUUAGAAAUAACGUGCUUUGUAUUCGUAGAUGUUAGACUUUAAAGACAAAAAAGGGGUGAGAAGAAAAACACAAGUGACUGAACGUUUUUAGUGAAUGGAUUAAUUAGUAAGGCAUGCCAUGUAAAUUAUUUUAUAAUUGUAUAUGUCACGCAUCUUUUGAAAUAAAACAUCUUUG